AUGGAACUUGAGAAGAAAAUAGAUGAGAAAAUUGAUCAGUUCAUUGACAAGGUAGAGAAACACCCCAACAAGAAAAAUCAGAUCUGUUUGUCUUUCUAUGAAGUGAAAAAUAAACAGACAUCAUGGUUCAAUAAAGUAGAACGCCUGCACUGGGAACAGUGGUAUAUAAAUUUGAAUGUGACACAGCAUCCUAAAGCACAUUCUGGCAAGGCUCAUCAUUCCAAAGUAGUUGUAGACCCAGGAGAAAGUCCAUCCGAGGAUAGAAAUGUGCACCGGGCAGCACUAGAAGCAACUCUUCGUGAGGUGUUGUUUCAGAUAAUCAAAUUCGUGAAUGAGAAGAAGGAUCAUGUUCCCCCAAUACCAAAUCAUGAGGGCAUCUCAUUUCCAUAUGAAAUCACUAUAUCAAGUUCAUCAGAUUCUGCAUUUGGGAAGGACCUGUUUAAGAGGAUGCUCCAGACUGGGCAUCCUACUAUGCUCAGCUGA